GGUACUCCCCCGUCAUGUUAGCCGUCAAUCAAAGCCGGGCAAAUCUCGCGAGAUCUCAACCGAAACUCCGAAGCUUACUGUGGCGCUCGCAGGAAAAGCCUAGCUACUUUUAGUCUAGCAUUUUGUGACCAUUUCAAACAGUUCCAACUUCCGGCUCUUUAGCUCAUCAAAAAUGUUUUCACAAUAUCGAAAUAAACCCCCCUAAAUUGGGAUUUUGUUUGUAUCUACCAUGUGAAACAUAUGAAUAACUCAUUUCGUAAAUAUUCAACACAUUUAAAGCGUUUUUCCUUUCGCUUCUGGAUUGCCCCGCCCAUAUUACCGGAAAUAGCUUUCCCAUUGGCUGUCUGUCGUGACGCAAGGACGCUUUUUCCGGCUUGUGUCUCGCGCGGCAAACACGGCGCCGAAGAGCAAGUUGGAGUCGCGUCAAAGUUGCCGUUUCUAUUCCACAAAAUUAAGUGAUGGCCUCCACCUCGAAAGCGCCGCUGCAGUCGAGAAACUUACCCUGGGUGGAAAAAUACCGACCGCAGAAACUAGACGACCUGAUCUCACACAAAGACAUCCUGACUACCAUCCAGAAGUUCAUCAGCGAGGACCGGCUGCCACAUUUGCUAUUCUACGGGCCCCCCGGGACCGGCAAGACGACCACCAUCUUAGCCUGUGCCAAGCAGCUGUACAAGGGCAAAGAGUUCAACUCCAUGGUUCUGGAGCUCAACGCGUCGGACGACCGAGGCAUCAACGUAGUGCGAGGGCCCGUCCUGAGCUUUGCCAGCACCAGAACCAUCUUCAAGAAAGGCUUCAAGUUGGUGAUACUGGACGAGGCCGACGCCAUGACGCAGGACGCCCAGAAUGCAUUGCGGCGAGUGAUGGAGAAGUACACGGAGAACACUCGCUUCUGCCUGAUCUGCAACUACCUGUCCAAAAUCAUCCCGGCGCUGCAGUCCCGCUGCACGCGCUUCCGCUUCGGCCCGCUGUUGCCCGAUCAGAUGAUACCCAGGCUGCAGCAUGUCGUCCAGCAGGAGAGCAUCGACAUCACUCCAGAUGGAAUGAAGGCGUUGGUCACCUUGUCGUCGGGCGACAUGCGAAGAUCCCUCAACAUCCUGCAGAGCACCAGCAUGGCGUACGGCCGCGUGAGCGAGGACACGGUGUACACGUGCACGGGACAGCCGCUGCGCUCGGACAUCGCCAACAUCCUCGACUGGUCGCUCAAUAAAGACUUCAGCACCGCCUACAAGCAGAUCCUGGAGCUGAAGACGUUGAAAGGUUUGGCGCUCCAAGACAUCCUCACUCAAGUCCACCUGCUCAUCCACAGAGUGGACUUCCCGCCUUCGGUGCGAAUGAAUCUGCUCAUCAAGCUAGCCGACGUGGAGCAUCGGUUGGCAUCGGGCACCAAUGAGAAGAUCCAGCUGAGCUCCAUGGUGGCGGCGUUCCAGGUGGCGCGCAACCUGGUGGUCAGCGAGGCCCAGUGAUGGCGCGGUGGACAAUCCGAGUCCCGCCAGACGCUUCGCGUCGGCCUCAUUCACUUUUGCUCAAGCAGGGCAAUAAAUGGGAACAAAAGUGUGCUGAAGUGAAGUUUUUUUUUACAACUUGAGCACAUUUGCCAACACGUGUCCACCUAAAUUAAAUCUUGAUUGUCAAAAAAAAGUCCAAUCUUUCCUCGACUCUUCCUGUAUUAAAUGUAUCACUUUUUUCCCACAA